UUUUUUAUUUGUAAUUUUAACGCGCAGUCUCUUCGAACUCCGUCGUCCAGAAGCGCCUCCAGUUGUUGAAACUCGGCGGUUGUUCGUUGAAAAUUCUAGAAGAAUUAUGGGAUUCUCCACCGGAACUGAAUACAAUCGCAGAAUUUGAGUCACAAGCUGUGUUCGAUCGAUCGGCUACGAUGGUGGUGUUUGGGGCGGUGAUGGGGAUGCUGAGCGGCACGCUCGUCUAUUACCACUGCGCCUACCGCCAUUCCAGCGUCGUUUCCCUCUUCGCCGACGUAUUCAUCGUGCUGCUUUGCUCUCUAGCCAUCCUCGGCCUCCUCUUCCGCCACAUGAAAAUCGCCGUCCCCGUUGACCCGCUCCACUGGCAGAUCUCGCAGGACGCCGCGAAUUCGAUGUUCGCCUGCCUCGCCAAUACCCUAGGCGCCGCCGAGUCCGUUCUCCGAGUCGCCGCCACCGGCCACGACAAGCGCCUCUUCCUUAAGGUGGUAUCCUGUCUUUACAUGCUCUCAGUACUCGGGAGAGCAGUCUCUGGUGUCACCGUUGCGUACAUCGGGCUGUGCUUGUUCUGUCUCUACAUAGCUUUUAAGAAUUCACGAACAAGCAAUGGUCCAUGUUCGGGUCCCGGGAGAAGAGAUGCCGUAAAUUCUGUACAAAAUAACACAUAGUUUUCUGUUUUUCUACUUAUUCUGACAUCUUUUGUUAAUACAUAGAUUCUUCUUUCAACAAUGCAGCAGAUAACCACAGCUUCUCAGUGUGUCUCUGUCAUAUAUGAAUUUUUAUUUUCGAAAUAUUGCUGCUACUAUUGCAUAGAUCAAUUUCGUAGUGUAAUGUUUUGGCAGAUGUCGAUUAUUCUUUGUGAAGAACAAAUUGGUGCCUGAAAUGCCUGAUACUAUGUGAUGAAACUUUUGCUGCACUUAGUCCA